CUGAACGUUGCUGAUUGGUCAAAUUAUGCCAGCGCUUUCUACAAACACGUUUUGCUUGAAUGUUGUGGCUGACAACAAUUAGGACAGCGCCAGAGAUUUUACGCCGAAUGCAUUGAUGACAAAUUCCAGGCUUUGUUGUCCAUUUUGUGUGUAUUUAAAUGAUAUUAAAAGUGACCGUUUUGAUACAUCAGUGAAUUAAUUUGCAUAAUCACUCACAGAUCUUUGGCCCUGCUGAUGAAAUGCAAAUCUCAAUGUGCUGGAGGAACUUUUACUCCCCUGACAAACUUCCAGGAAAUGAGUUCUUGGAAAAUUAAAGUUCCUUGAACUUUUGGUGGAAAAGAACCUAAAGUUCUUUGAGAGCCAUAACAGACAGGACUGAUUUGAUUAAUACAUUAUCAGAAUUGUUAUUAAUGUUCUGUCAAUCAACUAACACUAUGCCACACCAAAGUCAUUGACUUUCAUUUUUCCUUAUUCAAUUUGUACAUUUUUGAUUUCAAAACUGAUCCAUACCAAACAGGAGGUAGACAAAGAAUGUGGUAUUAUAACUGUGUGUUGGUAAUGUUGUUUUUGUUCGAACAGAUUUACUUCCCACUCUUCCACUGGUCAGCACAUUUAAAGGAGACCUAGCUGAACUCAUUUGGCCUUUUGUCCCUGCAGGGUCAGAGUUCAAAUGAAGCACUAAGUCAAGCUGAACAGUUUAACACGGACAUGUAUAAGAGAAAGUUUGAUGACUGCUCACUGGAUUCGACUUGGAUCUGGAUCAGAUGAAACAUCAAAGAAGUGUUCGUCAGAUGGAAAACUUUUCUGGUUCUCAAAAAAGAGAUCAGUUUCAGUCCACAUGAGUCAGCCAGGAUGUGUGUGAGGUUGUGGGGGUGUGAUUGAGAAGGUAGGCGGGGUUGCUGAUUUUCUUUCUCUGCGUCUUCCCAGUAGACAGCUGUAGUAAACACAAGGAGCCUCUCAGCCUCCGUCACGUUCAUUCGAUCCCACCGUCCGUCAGAUUAACUCCGUCCGGCGUUUUCACCUUGAAGCUCGGGAUUAUUUUAGGAACUUGAAACGCACUGACACGCUCAUCUGAGGGGGACUACAGAGCAAGUUCGAUUUCAGGCUGCGGACUAAAACUUUUACCACCUGCUGUCUAUUGGACCUUGGAGCUAUUGAUUGGUUCUUCCACUGAAACUCAAAGGGGUUGCUUUUCCCGGGAAGUGGAGUUUUUCUAUGGUUUGCCACCACCCAGACUGCCAAGACCUGAAUAGCAAAAGCCCCCUUCACCUGUGUGAGUCAUGUGACUCACGCUACCAUUCAGAGAACACAGACAACAUGCACUUUGACCGGCACCCCCGAUUUGACUUACAACCUCAAGCCUCCAUCCUGGCUCGGAACGUGUCCACGCGCUCCUGUCCCCCCCGCACCAGCCCCCCCUCCGACCUGGAGGAAGAGGAUGAGGGGAGCAAUGACCGUGGGGAGCGUAAAACAGGGGGUCUGAAGUUGGUGAAAAAGAAGCCACGGAGACGACACACUGAUGACCCCAGUAAGGAGUGCUUCAGCCUCAAGUUUGAUCUCAACGUGGACAUAAACACAGAAAUUGUACCUGCAAUGAAAAAGAAGACGCUGAGAGAGGUUCUAGGCCCAGUGUUUGAGAGGAAUGGCAUUGAGCUGUCCCGGGUCGACUUGUUCCUGGAUCAGUCCAACACACCUCUGUCCCUCAACUUUGAGGCUUACCGUUUUGGAGGACACUACCUCAAAGUCAAAGCAAGGCCAGGUGAUGAGCUGAAGGUGGAGCAGGGCGUGAAGGACUUGAGGUCACUCAGCUUGCCCAACAUGAAGCCCUCUGGAGGUCAGAGCCCCUACAUCCUCACCCCGGGCAGCGAGAGGGUGGAGCAUGGGUCUCUGGGACGCAAAGAGAGCGUAGAUCUGCUGGGUCAGGCACGACGGAGGAAGAACAUGACAGAGUUCCUGGGGGAGACAAAUAUUCCAACCCCGGAUGCUCUGGGACAGAUCGGUGGCUCCCUGCCCAGCGCCGGGGCCGGGCCUGACAGCUGGAAGAACCGCGCCGCCAGUCGCUUCAGUGGCUUCUUCAGCUCCAACGCCGGAGCAGGGCCCUUUGGCAAGGAGGUGGACCGACUGGAGCAGCUCCAAAGCAAGCUCCACUCCUACACGUUGUUCGGGCUGCCCAAGGUGCCGCGGCAGCUCUCCUUCCACCAGGACUCCUGGGAAGAGGAGGAGGAGGAGACCAACCUGGCCCUGGAGGACAGCUGGCAGUCACUACUGGACAACUCAGAGACAUUGACGAGGCGACAGUUCCACCAGCAGGAGGCAAUAUGGGAGCUGCUGCACACGGAGGCUACCUACAUAAAGAAACUCAGAGUCAUUACUGAUUUGUUCCUGAGCGGGCUGCUGAACCUGCAGGAGAGCGGACUGCUGACGGAGGUGGAGCCCCCCAAGCUGUUCAGUAACAUCCAGGAGAUCGUCCGCCUCCACACAUCCCUGUGGAACCAGGUCAUGCAGCCUGUCCUGGAGAAGGCCAGACAGGCCCGGGCUCUGCUCGACCCCACUGACCUGCACCACGGCUUCAGGACGUUUGGCUCCAGGUUCCAGCCCUACAUCCGGUACUGCAUGGAGGAGGAGGGCUGCAUGGAGUACAUGCGCACACUUCUCAGGGACAAUGAGCUGUUCAGGACCUACGUCACGUGGGCAGAGACACACAAGCAGUGUAACCGUCUGAAGCUGGCCGACAUGUUGGCAAAGCCUCACCAGAGGCUGACUAAAUAUCCACUACUGCUGAAGAGUGUCCUCAAGAAGACGGAUGAUCCGUCAGCCCGCGACAUUGUCAAUAACAUGGUGGCCACAGUAGAGGGCUUCAUCAACAGCGUGGACUCCCAGAUGCGACAGCGUCAGGAACAACAGAAGCUGGCCACCAUCUCUGCCCGUAUAGACUCCUACGAGGCUGUAGAGGGCAGCAGUGAGGAGGUGGAGAAAAUCCUCAAGGAGUACAACCGCUUCGACCUUAUGGCUCCCAUGAGAGGAAUAUCACCAGAGGAGACUCGACAGCUGCAUCUUGAGGGGGCGCUGAGGAUGAAAGAGGGCAAAGACAGUAGGAUGGAUGUCUACUGUUUCCUGUUCACUGACCUGCUGCUAAUCACCAAGCCAGUCAAAAGAGUGGAGAAAGUCAAAAUCAUCCGCCAGCCUCUCCUCAUGCACAAUGUCGUCUGUAAGGAGCUGAAAGACACUGGCUCAUUCAUCCUCAUCUACCUCAAUGAGUUCAAGAGUGCAGUGGCAGCCUACACUUUCCAAGCCAACAGCGCCACCCAGGGGCGAAGCUGGAUCGAUGCAAUCUGCAAUGUCCAGAACCAGCUCCAGAGGCUUCGCACCGAGGAGGUCCUCCGACAGCAGAACAGUCGAAAGAGAUGUAUGGGUGAAGAAGAGGAGGAGGAGGAGGAAGAUGAAAGCAGCAACUCCACCACGAGCUCCCCAUGCCUGAGGCACAAAGACCAGCAGAACUCAAGUCAAUCAGAUGGCUCCACUGAGACCCUGUCAGUGAUGGACGUUGACGAACCAGGUGAACACCAAGAGCCUCCUGCCCCCAACAUGAACCUCAAGGGAACCACUAAGACAGACCCAGAUGCAGAUGUGGCCCCACCGUCUGAAAGGUCUGAGGUCCAGCAGUCUCAGUCUACAAACGCCAACAGAGUCCACUCCAGUAUUUAUUCUGAGCACGAUCAGGAGGUGAGGCCUGACAGCGAGGAGCUGGACCCCCAGUGUCGCUCUCUCUCCAUGGACAGCGCCUACGGCACGCUCUCCCCUGAAUCCCUCCUGAGAGAACUUCAGCCACAGCCUGGCCAAAGUGAAGGAGAGGAGACCGAGGAGGAGGAGGGAGAUCAGGACGGCCAGGAGGUGGAGCGGAUAGAAGGAGGAAUAGAGGAGGUAGAGGGAGAGCAGGCGGAAGAAGAGGAGGAGGAGGGGGAUGCUGCCUCGCUGGGGUCCCAGCUGUCAGUAGUCCAGUCCUCCAAACCACGCCGUCGGCCUCAUGUUCAGUCACGUGUCCACUGCCUCCAGAGGCUGUCCACUCUGGCCUUAUCCCGCUCUGAGGACAAUCUCCUGCAGCGUUUCCACGGCAUCCACAAAACCCCUGUAUCCCACAAACACUUGCUCAGCGAGGAGGAGCAGGACCAAUCACAGUGUAGGGACAUGGACACAUCAUCGCUGGCACACAGUAAGAGUCUAUCAGAGCUGGGCCAAAACUGCAUGGAGCCUCUUUCCAGUGCCCUCGACCAGUCUGACGACUGCUUGAGCAUGAGCAUGCCGGCUGACAAACUCUGUGCCAGUCUGAGGAGGUUGGAGGCCGGGCACAGCCACAAGGCGCCUGCAGGACAAUGCGAGGGUAACGAGUCCCAAAGCAACAGCUCGGACGGGGAAACGGCUCCUUCUGCCUGCGUAGAACAGAAAAAUGAGUCAACAGCCACGGGUGAUUCAGGGGAGGUGUCGCCCAAGAAGAGGAAAUCUCCAGCCCAGCAGCACAAAAAGCUGACACUGGCUCAGCUGUACAAGAUACGCACCACUCUCGUCCUCAACUCCACACUCACUGCAUCGGAGGUAUAACCACUCUUCCAAACCGCUGACCAGUGGCAUGCAGACAUGAUGAGGAACAACACUUGUUUUGCGUGGAUGGACUGAAUUUCUUGAGACACAAAUGCACUCUCUCUUGCUGCCCUCUCCCUUCCUGUUGCUUUAUUGGACAGUGACUCUACCAUUUUUACAUUUGAACAAUACCAAUAAUCCUUUUUUCCUUUGCUGUUGCAUCGGUUUCUAAUUUUCUCAAACGGAAAGGAGAGGCAGAGAGACAUUAACUGUUUGCACUUUGCAACGGAAGUAGCAUUACGGGGGGCUGGGACCUUAAGGUGGACUGGAGGGGAGUGUGCAGGGGCUUGGAGGAGUCAUACAGACAGAAGUCUUCAAACUUUAUCCCUGCACUCUGUAAUGGAGAAUAGGUGGGGUUGAAUCCUGCACCUUCCCUGUCAAAGAGAGCAACACCAAGUCUUGAAUAUACUCUCUACACGUGGCAAAAAAAACAUGGCACCUAGGAUGUCCUCCUAAUAUUUGUACUACUCCUGGUUUGAAAAAAAAAAAAUUGCACAGUUAUCUUUGUUAAGUAGAAAAAUCACUAUGGAGUGAAAUUACAUACACAGUCACGCAAUAAGUGAGUUUAUUGUUUGCUGUUUUUGUCUGCUUGUGUACAGAUAUGUGUGUGAAUGAAUGAGUGAAUGUCUGUUUGAAUGAUUCAUGGUCCUCGAUUCCUGACUGAACCAAAACUGAUUCCCAUCUCCUGUGAAUACGCUAACACACCCAAAGACAAAAGCAGUCCAAUACAGCCAAUCAGAAAACAGCUAUGUUACCAUAGAGACGGACUUCCUUAUUUCCUGUUAAUUUUUUGAUUGAACUAAUGUCAUCUGGUAUGUUGAACUAAUGAGACGAUGAGUUGACUUCCUAUAAAACAAUGACUGAAUAUGGGUGACUAAAGCUGUUUUGAGGAGUUUCCUGCACUAUAUAUAUUAUGGCUUGGGUGUAUUAAAACCACAUACAAGUGCACAAACAAGAACUCGGUCAUAGGAAAAACAAACACACAAAGAAAGAAGUCUACACAUGAGUAAUGCCUGUGUUGGAGCACCUUCCACACAGACAUUUCAUUUCUUGUGUUUUACAGUGGUAACAUUGAAAAGAGAUUGACAUGGUUUGGGUUGGAUAUUAUGUAAUGAGUGAAUCUGCAGAGCUGGCUUUUGUUUAAGACAUUUUCCAGGAGAUUAAAAAAACAACACAGAAACUUAACAUUCACAGAUCGGUGAUUUAUAACCUUAUUCCAAACUUUGUCCAAAACCAAAUAGGUUAACUCUGUUUACUUUUAGUUUUUUUGUUUGUGUAAUAUUUAUUAUGCCUGCUAUGUUUUAUAUAUAAGAUAUUGUUUAUAUUGUUUGCUUCCUUGUUUGUAUUUUUUUUGUUGAUGUAGUCUUAAUCUUUUUUUUCUUGCCAGGCAUGAAUGUGCUAUGAACCAAAAUCAUGUGUUUCCUCUUUCAGGAAUGACUUUAAAGUGUCUUACAAAAAUAAAAAUGCUAAAAUACUUUACAA